AUGAUAGAAGAAAAUGAUGCUUCUUUCGUGAAGAACGAAUCCAACAACUUCAAUCGUUCAAUAACUGAUUCUCGUGCGGAAGCAAUAAAAAUUGCUCAGCCUACAGGCGAAGAAAAAGCACAUCAAAUUGUUCAGGAAAUUGAAGAAAAGGAUAGUAAACGCAAAAAGACGAUAGCCAGGGUGUUAACCUUUUUAGGCCUACAAAUAGCGCUCUUUCUGGCUGCCCUCGACAACACUAUCACAGCUACCUCUUUGCCUCGCAUCGGUUCGGAUUUCAAUCAAAUGUCAAUCGUAUCUUGGGUCGCAACAGCUUAUAUUCUCACUUUUGAUGCUUUUCAGCCGCUAUUUGCAAAGUUCUCGGAUAUUUUCGGCCGUAAGUGGAUCUUGAUGUCAGGUAUUGUCGUCUUCCUGCUUGGCUCGGUGUUAUGCGGUGCUGCAAAGUCAAUGAUUAUGCUUAUUAUAGCUCGUGCGAUUGCAGGCAUAGGUGCCGCGGCCAUAUUUUCAAUGGUUUUCAUUAUCAUUUCUGAGAUAGUGCCACUGGAAAAGCGGGGAAACUAUCAAGGUGUCAUCAACGCAGUCUUCGCUCUAUCUAGUGUGUGCGGUCCUUUGAUAGGAGGUUCAUUUACUGACUAUGUCACUUGGAGAUGGAACUUUUAUAUAAAUCUUCCAAUUGGUGCAGUUGCCAUGAUUGUCUUGUUCAUUUGUUUGAAACUUCCUGUGCCUAAAGAAAAAUUUUCAGAAAAAUUGAAGCGUAUUGAUUACGCAGGCACAGCCAUUGUAUUAGUGUUUGCGACCUUGUUCUUAUUAGCGCUUAAUUUCGGUGGUCAAACAUUUCCCUGGAAAUCAGCAGCAGUAAUCGUUCCAUUAGUACUUUCAGUUCUGUUGGUUGUAGUAUUGAUUUUUGUGGAGAAGAAGUUUGCCAAAGAGCCACUCAUGCCUCCUAGACUUUUCAAGAACAGAUCAGUACUUAGUGUGCUAUUAGUAAAUUGGUUUUUCGGUAUGACUUUCUUUGCUGCACUCUAUUACCUCCCUGUAUAUUUCCAGGUGGUAAGAAACGAUAGCGCCAUGUGGUCAGGUAUAAGACUUAUCCCUAUGCAAAUGGUCAUUUGCGUUCUAUCUACGAUCAUCGGUUUAUGCAUCUCAAAGUUCGGGGUAUAUAGACCUUUUAUAAUCGUAGGAAUGGGACUAUUGACUUUAUGGAUUGGACUUAUCAGCCUAUUUGACGAAAAUACCCCAUGGCCCAAGGUGUACGGUAUUACAAUUAUUGCUGGCUUCGGCUUGGGGUUUUUAUUCUCGUCAACUAUCAUUGCCCUACAGGCAUCGGUAGAGCCAAAAGAUAUCGCUGUUGUUACGGGUUUGGGUAGCUUUUCUCGUAUCCUUGGUGGUGCUUUGGGUAUUGCUAUAUCCUCAGCAGUGCUUAACUCAAGUCUAAACCAAGAUCUACCUUCCGUAAUACCUCGUGAACUUGCCUUAGCAGUCAUACAAUCGUCUGAAUUUGUGAACAAAGGACUGCCAAAAGAGUUUCUGGAACCGACUUUGCGUGUCUAUGUUGAUGCAUUACGAUUGAUUUGGUAUGUACUGACAGCAAUGUGCGGUCUUGGUUUCAUUGCAUCGUUUUUCGUCAAACAUCAUUCCAUUAGACGACAUAUGAAAAAGGAAGCACAGCCUGAAGCUAACCAAGACGAUGGUGUUAAAAAAGAGUUACCAGUAGCAGCUGCUAAUGAAGAGAUAGAAGGAGCAAUCACAAUUAAAGUACCAUCCGCUGAUGGCGCAUAA